AUGGCGCCGAAUGCACGUCACGACAUGCCCUCCGCAACUUUGGAGCCAUGCAAGACAGGCAUCGUAAAGUUCACGAACUGCCGUCUUCUCCGCGACAACUUGCUCACCAACGGCGAUUUAUGGGUGAGUUCAGUAACGGGCAAGAUCGUCUCGAGCCAGACGUCUUUUUACGAGCAUCUACUCGUUCCCGAUGAAGUGAUCGAUCUCGGUGGCCGGAUCCUGUCUCCGGGAUUCAUCGAGUGCCAACUGAAUGGUGCCUACGGGUUCAACUUUUCCGCGAAGCCGCUGGACGGCUCUGACUACUCGGUGCACGAGCCGGAUCUUUAUAAGGCGGUCCUCCCCCAUCUCGGCCCGAGCGGAAACCUUCGAGUAGCAGAUGACGGCGCCGAGUCUUUGGGUGCGCACGUUGAGGGACCGUUCCUCCAUCCUCUAAAAAAUGGUAUCCACAACCCGAAUGUGUUCAGGAAAGCCCAGUCCUUUAGCGACCUUGAAGAAUGCUAUGGACGAGAGAAUCUAACGGCACCAAAUCCCGGCGAGCAGGCCCGUGUUCGUAUGAUUACGGCGGCUCCUGAGUUGGGCAACAUGACCGGUCUGAUAUCAGAAAUCGUGGCGAGAGGCAUCAUCUUCUCUAUUGGGCACACGGACGCGACAUACGAGGAGGCAUCGGCGGCAGUAUCAGCAGGCGCCACCAUGAUAACCCACCUUUUCAAUGCCAUGAAGCCGCUCCACCAUAGGAACCCGGGAGUAUUCGGGGUACUUGGAAACCCUGAUGGGUUAAAGAAGCCUUUCUUUGGGAUUAUUGCCGAUGGCAUUCACCUUCACCCCACCACAAUUAAGAUUGCGCUCAACGCACACCCUGCUGGUUUUAUCUUGGUGACAGACGCCAUGCAUCUCAUGGGCCUUCCGGACGGAUCGUAUCGAUGGGCGAACGGCAAUGACUUCAAUAACAUUGUAAAGAGUGGGACAAGACUGGUCAUAGAGGGGUCGGACACUCUGGCUGGCAGUUCGAUCACGCUCUUGGAUUGCGUCAAUAACGUUGUGGCUUGGACAGGCACGAGUGUUCCGGACGCCCUCCGCUCCGUGACAUCAACGCCAGCUAGGAUGUUGGGUUUGGAAGGGGUCAAGGGAGCCUUGAAGACGGUGCAGACGCCGAUCUUGUCGUCUUAG